AGUUUCAAUAUGUCUUCCAGCAGCAAAGAAAUCUGCAUUUGUGUUUGUCUUGUUUACUUGUGUUUUGUCCACGCAAGCCCGCCGAGAAUAAUAAAACGAGGGGCCGCAAGUUACAAUUCGUGGUGCGAUGAAAAUUAUUCUGGGAAAUACACGCAUGCGUGUGCUGAUCUAAGUACCUGUAUAAAAGGGUCAUCUGUUUGUGACGGAAAAAAGAAUUGUGACGACGGAAGUGACGAACAAGGCUGUGGAGGUGGUGGAAACAAGCCUUCCGGUGGCGGCGGAGGUGGUGACGGACCAAAGGCGACAUACAGUGACAUGUGUUCGUGGUACCCAGACUCUCCAUAUGGCUGUGCUGAUGGUAGUGGUAUUUGUAUGCGGGAAAGCAACCUCUGCGAUGGAUUUAAACAAUGCGAUGACAACAGUGAUGAAAAUGGAUGUGGUUGGGGCGAGUCUGACUCCAAUGGUUGUACCAAACCCGUACAAGUUGGUAACAGUGGCCGCAAGGAAUUGAUGAAUCAGAUGCUGGAAGCUCAUAACUACUUCCGGUGUUUACACGGAGUUACGGCAAUGACCUAUGACAACAAACUAGCUGAUUUCGCCAGCUACGUAGCCAGUGACAACGCAGCACGUAACAUGAUCCACCACGCUGACAACAACGACUACGGAGAAAACAUUGCAAUGAACCAGGUGGAAAAAGAAAGCCAACUAACUGGUUAUGGAUUUGUUAAGAUGUGGUACGAUGAGAUUGGGAUGUAUGACUUCGGAAAUCCAAGAUUUGAUGGAUCCACAGGUCAUUUCACUCAGGUUGUGUGGAAAGAAUCCAAAAAGCUUGGAUGCGGUCUCGACCAGAGCGGCAGCGGUAUGUUUACUUCAUACUGGAUGGUAUGUGAAUACGAUCCACGUGGAAACUGGAUGGACAACAUGGGACCCAAUGUCCCGUCACCGAUUUAACUAUGCACGUGGAGAAAAAUCGAACUUCCCAACAUUUUGCAUGAUUAGCUGAGAUUUGCAUAUUAGUACAUGUGUAUUUGUUUCGUUAUUCAUAAUACUCGACUACUAAAUCUUGUGAUACUGUAAGAGAAUCGAAACAACUUUUUAUAAUGUCAUUUAUUAACCUGAUUGUCAUUUUGCAGUUUAAAAUAUUGUCUGCAAUGUUUAAAACCUCGAAGUUUUAAAACAAAAUUGUACAAUGAACACGACCAUUUUAUGAGCCAACACGAUUAUUGAAACAUAAAUAGUCAGAUAGUCAGUAUUAUCAUGCGUACAUUUUGGAUAUAUAUAUAUAUUAUUAAAUGUUUUCACGG